GGUGCGAGAGACCGUGCACUGUUUGCUUGUGUCAGUUCUGUGUGUGAAUACUGCUGAAAUCGAUAGAAUUAGCUAAUAGCUGCUAGGAAAACCAGCGAAACUGGUGGACAUUUAACGCGUACGAGCGAUUCAACCAUAACCAGAUGUAAAAAUGUGAGUAUUGUCAGAGGCAGAUGUGCUCCCAUGCUCCCACCCACCCCAGCACCACACUAGAAUGUACUUGAUGAACGUGCCUCCAGUUGCGGCUAUUCACACAGAAUGGAAGUCAUCGUGCGGCGGUCCGCCCGGAGGCUUUAGCGGUCUGCCCAUCUGCUUCAAUGACUCUGACAGCGACUUGUCCACCACUGGAACACCCAUCCCAGAGAAGGUCCAGAUGAUCAUAGAGAGCCUAAGGAGCACCCAUUCCUCACUCGACAUGGGCAAUGAGACGGAGGGGAACCAGGUGCUGUCAGGACAACCAGGACAGGAUGUCGGAGCCCGCAGCUCCCAGGGCCUCAAGGCCCGGAGGGGGCUUCCUGUGGUGAUGGGGCCCAAGCCCAAAUUCAGAGGACCUCUUCCUGCCACUCACAUUAAUAACUUGCUGGCAGUGCCUGAAGUUUCCUCAAAUGUUGAUUUGGAGAGCCAGAGUUCUGACAGCGAUGACUCGGUGGAUAGAGGGAUCGAGGAGGCCAUACAGGAGUACCUGAAGGAAAAGGACGACCACAAACGCAAGGCAGAGCCAGAGCCAUCCACUAAUAUUCUACAGCCACCCAAGAUGCCGCGGAGGGAGCCUCCUCCAACCGUUCCAGAACCUCCCAAACCACAAUCUGACAGCAAUAAUGUUUUAACUGCCAGCAACCAGGUCCCGAAAAGUGUCAAAACAGAAACGCAGGACACCACACCCCCAGCCAUGAAAAAACGUGUAAAAAGUAAGACACCCACCUGCAAAGAGAAUCCCUUUAAGAAAUUGGGCACAACAAGCAAAGCAGCGGUGGUCCAAAAACUGUCCUCUUUUGAACGGAAGAGAGGCCCCUCUAUUUCGAACCCUCUUUCUGGCAAACUGAAGUGUCCCUUGGUGAAAGCAGUGGAGGAACACUUGUCUGACAGUGACAGCAGUAGUGAUGACGGUAUAGAGGAGGCUAUUCAACGCUACCAGCAGGAGAAGAAGAGAGAGAGACGUGAAGGAGGAGGCAGACAGUCCUCCAAGCCCCUUCUUCUCCUCAAAGAGGAGUCCGACUCCAGCAGCAGCGAUGACGGAAUUGAGGAGGCUAUCCGCCACUACCAGUUGGAGAAGCAGAAAGAGAAAAAGAGUGUCCCCAAACUCUCUCUAUCUCUACCCCCUAAACAUAAGCAAGUCAGUAAAGCAGCCGCUUCCCUGUACUGUCCAGAGAGCAUUAGCUCUCCAGCAGGGGCCAUGAAAAAACACAAACUGUCUAAAAAAAUAAAAAAUAAACCUGAGACUGGGGAUGUAAAAUCCUAUCUACCCUCCCAAACUCUAGGUUCCUCACUCUCUCUUAUCAAGACGAGAUUAGUUGCUAGCAGUCCCCAGGGGAACGGCCUCCUCCUGUUGACUCAUGUGGAACCCCUGCGAGAGAGGGAGCAGGAGCAGCACACCACCCCAGGCCCAGCCACCCUGAAGGUGAACACUAUCACUACCACCACAGCUGAGCUGAUGUGUGCUGAGGCCAUUCUGGACAUCUCUAAAGCUGUCAUUAAAAUUCCAGAGGCCUUUAACCCUAACGCAGCGGACCUUAUCAAUAUCAACAGCAGAUCCACAGAGUCCACCACUUCCCUCCUCAUCUCCACAAACUGUCCUGAUGAUGAUGAUAAGAAUAAAAGUGAUGAUGAGAGCUCCGUUGACAGUGAGGAGGGGAUCGAACAGGAAAUCCGGAAGUUUCUCGAGCAGAAAGCCCAUAUGCACAAACUGUUGCCUGGUUCAGCUGUUGGUACUACAAGUCAGGGUGGAACUAACACUACGACUGAACCAGAGAAAAACAGCAAACUUAGUCUGGCCCAGAAGAAAACACUGAGGCUGUCUUUGACGCAGAGAAGAAAGCGCAAAGAGGAAGGCGGCAGCAGGAACGGUUCCAAGGAGGAACGAGAGACAGAUCUAGGAAUGAAAGAAGAGGCCGUCACAAAACCCUUGACUGAGCAUGACAGAGGGUCAGGCUCAUCCUUGUCGUCCCUGAAGAAAGCCCCACUGAAAUCCGUGAAGGGCUCAGAGAGGAGGAGGGAACAGAGUGGAGAGAAGAGUAGCUCACUGGACAGUGAUGAAGACCUGGACACUGCAAUAAAAGAUUUGCUCAAGACCAAGAAGAAGUUGAAAAAGAAGACUAGAGAUAUGAAGUUGAAGUCAAGGAAGGGCCUCAAGGAAGAUGAGUAUUUGUCUAGAAAAUCAACAUCACCGCUAAAGAAGCUCAGAACGGAGUCUGAGCCCAAGACCAAUAGUCUUUUGAAAACGACCCUUAAAGUCACUACUACUACUCCAGCCCAAAGUGGCAACGACAACCGAGAGAAGUGCAAAGUGAGUAAGAAUGUGUCAAAGCAUCCACAGAGCAAUAAGAAGAAAGAGCCCCUUAACCAGGCAUAUGAGACAGAUCGGUCUGAAGGGACAAAAUGUGUAGAAUGCCUGUCGGGAGUUAAUGACCCAGGGGUGUUUCAGAUAAAGGAAGAUAGUAGUUCAGUGGACAGCGACGACAGCAUUGAACAGGAGAUCAGAAAGUUCCUGGCGGAAAAGGCUAAAGUUUCUACUACCGCAGGGAACACAGGAGAUGGAAAGGAGAUUGGGAACGGAAAGGGCAAAACUACAAUCCCUCUCACAGAGAACAGCAUCAAAACGGAAAAUCAGCUGGCUGAUAUUCCAAGAAUGGAUGUUACCCAAUUCCCUGACCCGCCUCGUCAGAGCAGUUCUGAGCAGAGAGGAGUUCCGAACAGAGGAGUCUUUCCCAACACACCCCCAGGAAACCCCACCUCCAUCCUAGGAACAGCCAGGGGAUCGUGCCUCCUUUCAGCCCUCACCCCCAGCUCCUAUCCUACAGCCCUGGAGCCUGCUGAUGGAGCUGGGGCUGCCAGAGCUGACAAGAGUAGUUCGGGUUCAGGAAGCGGUAAUGCCCACCAGUAUGCCAUCUCAGAGAUGGCAAGGGGUCACAGCCACAGGUCAUUUCCAAGCCCCAGCACCCACUUGCCCAGGACUGACUCAGAGCAGUGGCUUAAGAGCCAAGCGUUCCCCCCCACUGAGACAAAAGAGAAGAUCCAUAACCGGAACCCAUUCCAGUACAGCUCACCUAGUUUUGGUGAGAAGACAGCCACCACGCAUGCAUAUCAGUGUGGAGUACCAGCCAGUAUCUAUCAACAUAGGAGGAGAGCUGAGCCUGCACCUGCAUUGGACACACCUGUCUCCACCUGUCCUGAUGUUGUACGGAUUGGGAGGAUCGUCAAAUCACCACUGGUUCCUUUUCACUGCCCCUCCUCCUCAGAGACAGCCGUCGUCUUCAGCUCUCCGUUCCCAAGCCUAACCAGGAGACCUGUGGAGACGGGGCCGUCCGGGAGGUACUUCCUCCAGGGUCAUGGGUCAGGGCCGGGCAGCCGCUGGGGUCAACCUCCAACCCUGACCCCAGGGCCGUCGGAGAGCAGCGUGGUACACGUGGCCAAGAACCAGACCACGUUUGUCGAACUGUCUGAGAAUAAGACCAAUCAUGUACAAGUCAGGAGCAGGGAGGUGACAGUGAUUGAGGGAAAGAAGGAAAGGAGAAGUGACUUGCCAGCAGGAGAGAAAGAAAAAGAAAGGGAGGGCAGACAGCCAGAGGAGAGAGGAGGAGAGCAGAUAGAAAGACAAGGAGAGGAGGAGUGUGUAGAUGAGACCGAUGUCAGCGAGUCAGACGAGAGGACGAGCCCAGAGAAGAAGCAGGGCUUUCCUACUUUGUAAGUUCAGGCUUUUUCCUUGUAACUUCACAGUGGCAUCACAUAGCCUUUUUUUUUAACCUAUUGCGUGUGCCCUCCUUCCUAGUGGAAAUCAUGUGCAUUCGUUCAUUUGACGGUUCCAAGGGAUAGUUUGUUUGUUGAUACACAAAAUGAGCAUAGUGCAAAGCUUAUUUUUAUAUGUUUGUACAUUUUAUACAUCUAUUUAAAAUACUAUAACACAAUGUCAUCAAGGAUUUAAGAUUUUUUUUUUCAUUUGUUUUGUGAGAUUCCAUUUUCUGUUACGUUCUUAUCAUUCAAGCUCUUAAAAGCAAUAUCAAUCACCACCCUGAAACAACGAGCCCCGUGCAUGAAGGCUCAUACCACCAAUGCACAGCUGUGUGUGUCUGGUCAUUUAAUACAGGAACUGGUUAUUUUUGUCUCCCUUGACAUUUAAAAAAAAAACUUUCAAACCCUAUCAAAUAUAUAAACCUAACCACUAAAAUACUACACUAGUACUAUAAAAUGUUAGGACAAAUACAGAAUUAUAAAGACAAUUUUAACAGGGAGCAGUGAGGUAGAAGUGUUUUGUAGCUCCAUGGAUGAAUGGCUUAAGGGACUCCUUUUUAUAAUGCAAAUACUUCAUACUCUGCAUUCAACUAGCCUAAUAUUCCCAUGUGUGUGUCUGUGUUUCCCUCUUUGUAAUGUUUUAAUAGACUAAAAUCUUCCCUGUGCAUUCUAACAGUCAUCCCCAUGUUAAUGACACAAACGCACGGAAACAAAAAGUAUCAUUGUCAUAACAAGCCCUUACCAUAAGCUACGUUUCUGUUCUGAAGGAUCCUGUCAGCAGCGGUUAAAUUAGCAAAAGCGACUAACACCCGUUCAGAUGCUGUUUUUACACCUGCUUUUUGUAUGUUUGCUCUGUUUUGUGUCUGAAAAUAUACAAAGAGAUUGUAAAGAGGACAAUCAUAGGCACAUUGCCCAUAUCAAUGGUUCAUCUCCCGCUCACAAGCUGUCAACAGCACACACAAACUCAUCGGGCUCUUCAGAUUUCUCCACUUGCCACUUGUGUUUUUUCUUUUCUUUUUUUUUCUUUGUUUGCUUGUUUUAUGUUCCUGUAGUUUUCUUGAAUUUUCAUAUGUGAAAAGAAUUAUUUAUUUUUGUUUAUGGAAAAAAAGGAGGAAAUAAUACUUACUGAACAUGCUGUGCAUUGCCAGUUUUCAUAAAUAUUUUGCAAAAAUUGAACUUUCACCGGUUUUCCCUGUCAGAGGAAGGAUACUUUGACUGUAUCUUUAAAGUGCAACUGUAUAAUAAAGAGUGAAUUUCAACAACA